AAUUUCUCACUGUUGACUGCUUGCUAUUUCCGCUUCCGUGUCGGAAGUCAGAUUUCCUUGUUUUGUUAUCAUAUCGUGUGUUGUUUGUAAACGACAGUGCGACGUUUGACACCUGAUCCAGUGAUUGACUUCUUGAAAAUAAAGUGGUGAAAGUUUGGUGGCCCGCGUGUUGCGCCUGGAAGCCAGGUGAUCAUGUCGUUCCAGCUCAACAUGCCGCCGUCUGCUGUGGCCAGGAAGCUGAAGCAGGAGCAGGGGGAGGAUGGGGACGAGCCUCGCAAACAGUCGAGGGAGGAGUGGAAGAAGGAGAGGGAACUGGAGGAGAUGAGGAAGGCCGGUACCGCGCCCGCCAUGAAGGAUGAGGAGGGGAAGGUCCUGUGGCCGUGAAGUUCCGGAAGGGGGCGUGUGCCAACUGUGGAGCCAUGACACACAAGAAGAAAGACUGUCUGGAGCGGCCGAGGAAGGUGGGUGCGAAAUUCACAGGGGCCAUGAUCGCACCAGACGAACACGUUAUCCCACAGCUCAAGAUGAACUACGAGGGCAAGCGCGACAUGUGGAAUAAUUUUGACGCGGAAGAGCACCAGAAACGACUGCAGGACGAGUACAAGGAGAUAGAGGAGGCUAAGAGAGCGCUGAAGGAAAAGUCUCUGGACGAGUCACUCAUGACAGGGAAAGGACCGACCGACGCUGAGAAUGGGGAAGCGGCCAGCGACGGGGAGGAUGAGGACAAACACUACACAGAGGAGAUGGACAUGCCGGGCCAGAAGUUUGAGACCAAGCAGAGGAUCACAGUCCGCAACUUGAGGAUUAGGGAGGACACCGCCAAG